AUGGGUAAGAGAAGUAUUUUGAAGCGUUUCUCUCGUAUUGCCUCAAAGGUUGGAAAGGCCACCGAAAAGAAGGCUCUCGGCAUGGAAAGUUCUAUGGCCACUUCUAUCAAUUCAUUUGCUGGAGAUAAAUAUGUUAGUGAAUUAAAUACUCUUGAAUCUUUUGAUGAAAUUACUAGAGUCCAAAGAGAAGCUAGAGAAAGAUAUAUUAAACUCACUGCUGCCGCUUUCCCACACAAAGUCACCCAAUUCAAGAAGGAAUUUUCUUACUUCAGAGAACUCCUCAGCAAGCCAGGUGAAAUCACUGUUGGUGAAUUGGCUGCUUUUGCUACUGCUCUCGUUGCCGGUUAUAUUUUGUAUCGUGGAGGUGAAAUCAUUGGCCGUGCUGACAUCUUCGGAUAUAAAUAUGAACAUCUUGAACAAAAGUAAAUAUGAUCAAAUAUUAGCAAUAUAGGGCGAUUUAUAAAUUAAAAAUUAAUUAUUUAAA